CGAAAAAGUGAAACAACAGUCAGAAAACUGAAGAUUUUCAAGCAUUGUUUCCUCCAAAAUGAUGACUUUGACUAAGCACGUACAUUAGCGGAAUCAACCAAGAAUAUACAAUCAUCAUAAUGACAUAUUUGACAAGCCAAGUGAUAUUUUAUUUAUCUGUUCUGAGAUCGGAAAAACCACAAUUUGCUUUCCCUAUUCCCUCUUGUACAAGUGUUAAAUUUUAAUUAGCCUUGUGUAAAUGACAAAUCACCAGCUUGUGACAGUACACAUUGCAUCCAUAAGCCGAGUUUAUUUUGCUUUAUUCUUGUGAGUGAAGGUGUCUGCCAGGUUUUCGCCAUCGAUCUAACAAACCGCUUGGGUGAAAGCAGUUCGUGCCGUUGUGUUGUGGACGAUUCCUAUGAAAAGAAGACAAAAUGGAUGCAAACUCCAGCGACGGCAGAAUUAUUGUUAAUAUCGCAAAGAAGAAACUAGGCGGAGUGGGUUUUGUGACGAGCAAGCGAAGCGAAAGUCCUUACCUCGUUGUGUCACACGUCGUUAAGGGAGGAGUAGCUCACGAGACGGGUUUGAUACAAACUGGGGACGUCAUUCUUGAAUUGAAUGGGAAGUCUCUGGAGAGCCUGCCCUACCAUAGGGCGCUAGAGAUUAUCGACAAAGUCCCCACCGGGGAGGUGAUGGCGAUCAAACUACGUGCCCAGGACGGAUUUCAAGCGUAUCUAGAAACGGUCUUUGACGACCAAGGUGCUGUAAAGACGGUGCGAAAAACCAGGCCACAAACGCCAAAAACUCCAAAAGCUAACAAGAACGUUAACGGAGAGUUAAAUGGUGAAUCACAUUCCGGUCAACCGCAGACCACGCAAGUGGAGCCAGUUUCUACCAUUGAAGAAGACACAGGAAAAGAGCCCCACGAUGACAACGAACCUGAAGCGCCAACGUCUCAAAAUAUUACCAACGGACAUCCAGACAACGAACGUGAAAUAGUCAAAGAGUCACCAGAAUCCAAAGGAUGCCCAGUCACCAACAUUUUAUCAAAACCGCAAAAUCCAAAAUAUGUCAGGUUACAGAAUCUCCUCGAUGGCAAGUACACGACAGACACACUACAUCAAAUGGCCAUGAUACCCAUAAACUGCACUGCAGGCCGUUGUUUGGGGUCCUUGAUGCAACCUUAUGGAGGAGAGGCUGCUCCAAAGAGGCUUUAUGGUGUACCACGACAACCAGAAGAGGUCAUAGUUCACGCUAAGGAUUUUCUCCAACAGUAUUACGGAGGCAUGAAACUUGAGAAUAGUCCGGCCCACAAGUUGCGUUUAGGGGAGGUAAUGAAGGAGAUUGAAAAGACGGGGACCUAUGACCUCACCGAAAAGGAACUUAUCUUUGGAUGUAGAAUGGCUUGGAGAAAUGCCCCUCGAUGUAUAGGACGAAUUCAGUGGAACAAACUUCAAGUAUUUGACGCUCGACAUGUGAAUACACCCUCCGAAAUGUUCGAGGCUAUUUGUAAGCACAUAAAGUACGGAACAAACAAGGGAAAUAUCAGGUCCACGAUAACGGUUUUUCCUCAAAGGAAGACUUCUUUCAAAGACUUCCGCGUGUGGAAUACACAGCUGAUUCGUUAUGCUGGAUAUAAAAAACCCGACGGUUCGUGCAUUGGAGAUCCUUCAAACAUUGAGUUCACGGAGAUUUGUCAGACCCUUGGCUGGGAAGGAAAGGGAGGUCCUUUUGAUGUUUUGCCUUUGAUUCUUCAAGCUAACGGUGGAGAACCCGAAAUGUUCGAGAUUCCGCCUGAAAUCGUACUCGAAGUGGAAAUAAAGCACCCAAAGUAUCCGUGGUUUGAAGAGCUGGGAUUGAAAUGGUAUGCGCUUCCCGCAGUCUCUUGUCUUUGUCUUGAUGUCGGAGGAGUAGAAAUACCUGCAUGUCCCUUUAAUGGCUGGUACAUGGUUACAGAAAUUGGAGCACGAGAUUUCGGUGAUACAAACCGAUACAAUAUGCUUAAGCCCGUAGCGCUGCGUAUGGGUCUGGACACUAAGAGUAAUGCUUCUCUCUGGAAGGAUCUCGCUUUGGUGGAACUUAAUCUGGCAGUGAUGCACAGCUUCCAGGAAGCUGGAGUUACAAUGACUGAUCACCACAGCGCUUCCGAAUCUUUCUUAAAGCACCUUGAGAAUGAGGUAAAACUUCGUGGAGGCUGCCCGGGAGACUGGGUGUGGAUUGUACCUCCCAUCUCAGGCAGUGCUACGCAGGUGUUUCAUCAGGAAAUGUUAAAUUACACUUUGAAACCAAGCUACGAAUACCAGGACGAUCCUUGGAAACACUAUUCAAUAAAGAAAGACACGUCUAGCGAUUCUCCAAGGAAGAAAGCUUCCUUUAAGGAAGUAGCAAAGGCAGUUAAAUUUUCUGCUAAACUAUUUAGCAAAGCUUUGGCUAAAAGACAGAAGGCCGUCAUCCUUUAUGCAACAGAAACAGGAAAAUCAGAGCGUUACGCCAAGAUGCUCGGAGAACUCUUCUCUCAUGCGUUUGAUCCGAAGGUUGUUUGUAUGCAGGACUACGCCCAUCCUGAGAUGGAGAAUGAACAGCUUGUCCUAAUUGUAACUAGCACGUUUGGAAACGGAGACCCUCCUGAGAACGGAGAUGAAUUCGCUCGUUACUUGUACGAACUCCGCCAUCCACCAGAUGGAAGUCGAUCGUCGCGCAACAUGAUGAAACAACUCGGCAGCCUGUUGAUUCAAAAAGAGAAGGAAAAAAGAAUUGAUUUAAUGAACAACAGUCAACCACUUGCUAACCUCAGGUACUCUGUGUUUGGCCUGGGCUCCAGGGCUUACCCAAACUUCUGUGCAUUUGCGCGUUCGCUUGAUAAGAUCAUCCGGGAACUUGGAGGAGAGCCCGUGUUGAAGAUGGGAGAAGGGGACGAGUUGUGUGGUCAAGAGGAGUCGUUCAAAUUGUGGGCCAAAGACGUAUUUAAGGCCGCUUGGGACUCAUUCUGUAUCAGUGACGAAAUAACAAACGAAGCCAGUCAAUCUCUGGACACAGUGCCAAGUGGCUGGGUACCAGGCCGCUUUCGGCUUGCGAAUGUUAUGAUCUCCGCCGUGAAUGCUUUCACUGAAGCGGUUGAUGGACCGGACGGACACAAUGAAAUUAUCCGAGGUUUGACUCAUAUUUGUGGAAAAGCAGUGCGAUCUGCGACGUUAUUAUCAGUUAAGAAUUUACAGUGUCCUGAAUCCAGUCGCUCGACCAUCUCAGUCCAGCUCAAAACAGAGAACAGCACAGAAUUGCAGUACAAACCAGGGGAUCACGUGGCCAUCUUUCCCGCUAAUCGCCCAGAGCUGGUACAAGCUUUGAUUGACGGGCUAUCAGAUGACGUCGAUCCUGAUAAGCCAAUCGCUGUUGAGGCCUUACGAGAAGUCAAAGGUAUUCUAAAAACAGCCAAGAAAUGGGAAGUUUUCACCCGUCUUCCUUCACAAAUUACACUGCGUCAAGCUCUCUCGCGUUACCUAGACGUUACGAGUGUUCCUUCACCACAGAUCCUGAAAGCUUUGUCUGCUACGGCUACUGACCCAGCAGAAAAGGAAAAACUUGAAAUUCUUAGCCAGGGUAAUAACCGAUACGAGGACUGGAAGUUUGAAAGUGAAUGUAACAUUCUUGACGUGCUACAAGAGUAUCCCUCCUUACAAGUUCCAGCUGACUUAUUACUCACUCAGUUGCCUUUGUUGCAGCCGCGUUUCUACUCCAUCUCAUCAUCGCCAGACUUUUUCCCAGGUGAAGUUCACCUGACGGUGGCAGUGGUACAGUAUAAGAAGAGAGAUGGAAAAGGUCCCAUACAUCAUGGCGUUUGCUCCACAUGGUUAAACAGUUUGCAACCUGGAGACAAAGUGGCUUGCUACGUGCGGCAAGCCCAAACCUUUCAUUUGCCCGAGGAUGGAUCGGUCCCAGUAAUAAUGGUUGGGCCUGGGACUGGUAUAGCUCCAUUCAGAAGCUUUUGGCAACAGCGCCAGUUUGACGUCGUGAACACAAGUGCUCCCAAGCCAAGGACGAUGGACGUCACUCCGGACUCAAGCCCUCUGAUACAGCGUCGAAACUUUAACUCCCCGGAAACGACUCCUCAUACACGACAUCGUUCCGUCGGCGGAAGCCCCUCUUUACAGCGCCAACUCUUUUCAGAAAAAGAACAAAACGAGAACGCUUCAAACCCUUCGUCAGGAAAGUGGGGUGAAAUGUUGCUGUUUUUCGGAUGUAGAAACGCUACUCAGGAUUAUAUCUACAAGGAUGAAAUGGCGGAAGCGAAAAACGAUGGCGCGUUGACUGAAGUAUGGACAGCUCUCUCACGUGAACCAGGACAGCCAAAGAAAUAUGUUCAGGAUAUGUUGAAAAUGGAGGCGUUUGACAUUUGUGACAAGCUGCUGAGUCAGCGAGGACAUUUCUACGUGUGCGGCGAUGUUUCAAUGGCUGAGGAUGUUUGUAGAACACUGCAGACCCUCUUACAAGAAUACGCCGCCAUGUCUCAGCAGGAAGCUCAGGACACAGUAAACAAAAUGAAGAGUUCCGGCCGAUAUCAUGAGGAUAUUUUUGGAGUAACUUUGAAAACACGAGAAGUGACUGACCGCGUCCGAACCGCAGCUAAAAGAUCUUGGAUGUAUCUAAGGACUUCUAGUAAAAUGAGGAUAAGUCAGCACAAUUUGAAGCCGCGCGCGCCUACUAUUACCUUGCCCGUGGACAGAGAUGAAGCAGAAGGCACAGCAGUUCAAGACUCCACAAGAGGAAGAACUUAUUCAACUCCAAUGCAAUAGAAUGAGAGUUAAGACGAGAAGACCUCAGACAACGGCAUGGAAGCAUGCGUAUCACACUGACACAAAAGAACCUGCGCUUAAACGCUACAAUCAAAAUACAUUUAUGAUUUUAUUAAAAUGUAGUGAAAUAGUCUUAAAUAAUGAUGAUAUAAAUUUAUUACAGAAUGGUAGUUGAAAUUAAGGUUACGCUGAUAAAGCAAUAUUAUAUUUAUCAGGAAACUUAUAAGAAAAAUAUAGAAAUAUGUAGUAUUGGCUUCCAUAAUGCUCGGGCUUUCUCGUUUCCAUUAGGGACCCUAAGUAGCUAGAAUUAUAGAAUCUGUUUGCAAUUAUCAGCGAAAGAAUUAUUCUCCAGCAAUACAGGGAUCUCUUCGUUCUUUCUUUGUAACACCUUGGUUACACCUAUUAGGUAAUUUUCUCGCAGAAACGGGACAGAUUAAAUUCCCUUUGCACAAGAGCACCCCUUUUACUCAACGUCUUAUUAGUCAUAGCAAUGAAAGCGAAAUGCAUCCGUAGUUUUCCAGAUUGCCCAUUGUGUUUCUUUCUUUCUUCGUUGCGUGGGCUUACAAUCCUUUUCAGAACACCAUUCAAUUAUGAAUACGAGGUUAAAAAGUGCCCUAGCACAAUAAUAAUUUAAAUCAACUUUAACCUAACACAGAUUCAGACAUGAGAUACUUAUUGGGAGAAAUGUAUAUUAGAUCAUGCAAUUAUGUUAUGCAAUACCGCUUUGCUUUUUUGAUUCAAUCAGACUACGAGCCGGCAUUCCCUUUUUUUCCCAAUGCGAUCCUACGCGCGAGUCGGUAGAAAUCGAUGAGAUAACAUCCCUGUGCGCCGAAAUAUCGUGGAAGUAGCGUGCGGGAAAGAGCGCGCCUUGCUUCUCUAAGUUCACGCGAUGCCAGAAUGUUUGGAUUACGCAACGGAUUACUGAGGGAGAGAAGGACUGAUCGUAGUCUCUGGCUAAAUGGAAAACAUAAUCCAUGUAUACUCAGUUUCCUGAUUGUUUAUUAUACACUUUGAUGUGGAUGCUUUUAAUUGAUUAGCGAGAUUGUAACAUGACAACAUGGUAAGGAUUAAAAUAUGAAAUCUACA